GACCAAUAGUGAACGAGAAAGUGAAGUAAAUACAAGUAAAGGCAGGAAGAAGAAGAGUCCAAAUGCACCAAUCACCUCGUGACUAAACUUCACCUUUUCCCUUUUUCUUCUCCAGUCUCCAUCUUCCUCUCUCCGUCAUCUUCACGGCACAUACUCACCAAAAGGAAGAAAAGCUUACCUUCUCUCUCUGUUACGUUUACUCAAGUCUUCCUCAGUCUCCUUUCAAGUUUUAACUCUCAAGCCUAUUUAUUCCUCUCCUUUAUCUCAAGUGUCUCCUAGACUCCUCCUACGGUUCUCUUCCAAGAUCUGUUCUAGAGAACUUGGUAUAUCAAUGAGUUUCGUUGGUCUGUGAGCCAUAUCCUAAGAACGAAAACUGAACACUGCUCUUUGCUUACUAAUGGCGGAGAGGAAACUGAACUACAACGUACCUCUUCUUUCAACAAGACGGAUGCAGAACACAUCAGCUGUCUCUGUACGUAGAAACAAGAGUAAUAACUUCACUGAUUAUGACUCUACUAAGACAAGUGAAUGUCAUCCAGUUCUUGUCCCAGAGAUGAUGGGUUUGGAUCAGGUUACUGAACCUGCCUCUGUUCCUUUCACUUGGGAGCAAGCUCCUGGGAGAUUAAAGGGUAACGAUUUCAGAACACAAGUCUGUGACUUGACGCAAGAAGAAGAACAAGUCUAUAAACCAUGUCGUCCACCGGGUAAAGCCAUUGAUGGAAACAUGACAAGAUUGCAGAGUUCAAAAGGUAAACAAGUUGAAGAAUCAGAGGAUGAUGAAGAUGAUGUGUUUUCUGAUGCUCGUGAUACACUCUCUCCAAAGGACUCGUUUUCUUUUAACAACAGCAUUAGUGGUGUGAGUGGAUAUGGUGUUGUUGAGACCAAGAAACCACUAAAAAGUUGUGAGGACACUCAAUCUUGGGAGUUUAUGUUGAACCGGUUUUUACCAGCUGCCAAAGCCAUGACUGUGGAGCAGCCUCACUAUGCUUCUAAUCGCAAACCAUCGAGUUUUAUGCCUGAACCAACGAUACAGAUGCGAGAGUUAGUACCUGGGGAGAAGCAGCAAACUCCUAAUAGGUAUGAUGAGUCUAUAGUCCCAUCUUAUUAUCACCACCAAGACAUAGAUGAUGAAGCAAGUGAGAACAAUGAUGAUGAUGAUGAUGAUGGAGGUUCUGAGUAUGCCUACCUUUCAAAGAGAGGUUGUGGGAUGUUGCCACAAUUGUGUUUUAAAGACUCUCUAACCAUGCUGAAUACUGUGCCUGGUUUUAAAGCCAAACACAACUCUCUUAUGACAUCUCCAAGCCAUGAUCAAGUGAAGUCAAGCAAGGUUUCUCAACUUAAAUCUCGAUUCCAAUCUGUCAAAAAGCUGGCUCUUGAUUCAGUUUCUAAACACAAGCUGAGUGGUAAAGUUCAAUCACCGGUUCAUUCAAGCAUUGGGAAGAAGUUUAACUCUGAAUCAAACUUGCUUUCUCCUGCAAGUAGGUCUUCAUCUCCUUACAGACACACUCGCUGUAUGUCACCUUUUCGCAGUACAGGCAAUAGUUCUCCUUUUCACCCUGUUGGUUUCCCUGAGACUCGUAAAGAAACUGAGAACCUGAGAGCUAACAGGUUGAGUAAGCAUACUAGAAACAUAAGCUUGUCUCAAGAGUUACUCUACCAAAAAAGCAAUGGUUCGAUAAGCUCACUCUUGGAGAAGACAGUAUAUGUAGACACCGAGAAUGAUCCCAUGACUGAGGAUCAGUAUAACUCAAAUGCCAUGACCUCUCCAGAGGAAGCAGACAUGGGAAAGAAACCAGAGGCUAAUCAUGACCUUGAAGCUUUUGAGAAUAUAAGUAUUAGAAGUGGUGAAAUGGUGAAGGGUGAUGAGUUGGAAAAAAUCAAUAGUGGUUCAGAUUGGUCACUUCUUGCACCACCAUCCCCCAAAAAGCCUUCUGAAUCUUGGCUUUGUCAUAAUCUGCCUUCAGUAGCCGCCUCUCAGAUCCAUUCACGUAGAUAUUCAUUCAACCCCCAAAAGCAGGAUCUUACAGAAAACUACAGAAACGUUACUAAGUGGGAAACUAUUGUUAAGACUUCCUACAUGCACAGAGAUCAUAGCCGAUAUUCCGAAGAACUGGUUGCUCAUACAUCUCAUCAAUCCAAAACUUGCGCUUGAAGCUUCUCAAGAUCUGACCUCCCCCGGAUCACCAGGUUAAUACAUGCAUUUCAGCUUGAUUAGCAGUAGUCCAUAAUCCAUAUAACCAAUUCAUUCACCGGUGUGAUUGUUGUAUGAACCUUAUAAAAUCUAUACCCACAAAUCUCUUGAGUGAUUUACAUGUGCAGCUUCAAUAUUUGUGAGUUUACCUAAUAGAUGAACCUUAUGUUCACACACUGAGUUUUCACUUUAUUAACUACUUUGUUUUUUUUUUUA